AUUCAUCAUCAACUGUAUUCCUCCUCUACAACCUGGGAGUUUCUGGGUCAUUCUCCAAGGUGCUUUGGAGAUGGAAAUCAGUUUCUUCUCCUCUGCUCAAAAUAAGCUGGAAUAUGAGACGAUGCUCCUAGGCUAUGCGGUGGGAACCAAAAAUGCACAGCUUGUGAAACCCCAGCAGCUAGGAGGACUACAACAGCAGCAGCAGCAGCAGCAAAGCAGAAGUCAAGCAGAUAACCCCACAGAUAUGGACAAUGCCGCAGGCAGGGCAGCAUAUGUGCAGCAGCCACAGAUGGGCAAGCAUAACCUUGCAACAGCAACAACCUCACCCGCGUCAGCUUCUCCAGCAGUUAUCCCAACCAAACCAUCAGUAGCAGCAGCAGCUACAACAACAAAAACAGCAGCUACAACAGCAGCAGCAGCAGCAGCUGCAACAACAGCAGCAGCAGCAGCUACAACAACAGCAGCCGCAGCAGCAGCAGCCGCAGCUCCAACAACAACAACAGCAGCACCUACAACAACAGCAGCUGCUACAACAACAGCAGCCGCAGCAGCAGCAGCCGCAGCUCCAACAACAACAACAGCAGCACCUACAACAACAGCAGCAGCUACAACAACAAAAGCAGCAGCACAAAGCAGAGGUCGAGCAGCUAACCCCAUGAAUGUGGACAAUGCCGCAGGCAGGGCAGCAUAUGUGGAGCAGCCACAGAUUGGCAAGCAUAACGAUGCAGUGGAACAACGACAACCGCAGCAGAGCCAGCUUCGCAAGCAGUUAUUACAACCAAACCACCGGCAGCGGCAGCAGCUACAACAACAACAGCAGCAGCUACAACAACAGCAGCAGCUACAAAAACAACAGCAGCAGCAGCUACAACAAUAGCAGCAGCUACAACAGCAGCAGCAGCAAAGCAGAGGUCGAGAUACAGUGUAGAUGGCAUAUUAGUGUAUGCACUUGUUCUGGCUGAUUCUGUGGUGACCAUGACAUCACCACUCCGCGUUACACUCGUUAUUACAUGUAUGUGGUUAUUUCCGUUUUUAUCGCAAUUUCCGACUGGCUCCGUCUCACCCCAGAGUCUUCAACUUUCAUCUUUCAUGCGAUCGUUCAAAGCACAACUGUCGGUGCUCGCCUAAUCUAACUCCUGCUCAUGUGUCUGGUCUUCAUUUUCUUCUGCUCAUGUGUUUGGUCUUCAUUUUCUUCUUCUUCUUUUUCAUGUAAACUAAAUACUAGUAUUUAUUUUGUUUUUUUGUUCUUCGCCGUGGUUGGCUAUCACCCUCUCCCCUCUGAUUGGCUGUUGUUUUUUCAGCUUUGGCAUGAAGCAUAAAUAUGGUGGUAAAGACACACCUGGCAAUAUGGCGGUAAACACACGCCUGCCCACACACGCUCUCUAGGCUGCAAAGUUCUGGCACAGAGCUCUCCUUCUCACCAUCACCACCAUCAGUUCGCGCCUGGCGCCUGGUCGAUGCAUGGCUGGCGGUAUCCGGCAUAGCAGGCUGGUACAUCAAGUAGCGCAUGGCACAUAGAUGAUGACACAGCAGCGCCAUAGCUCGAUUGCGACGUACGUUUCGUCCCCGCUGGACUCAUCAGGCAAUCUUCUUCUUGGUUGUCUUCAUACGGAGCUUGACUCGGGAUAACUUUCAUCUUCAAUGCGAUCGUUCAAAGCACAACUGUCGGUGCUCGCCUAAUCUAACUCCUGCUCAUGUGUCUGGUCUUCAUUUUCUUCUGCUCAUGUGUCUGGUCUUCAUUUUCUUCUGCUCAUGUGUCUGGUCUUCAUUUUCUUCUGCUCAUGUGUUUGGUCUUCAUUUUCUUCUUCUUCUUUUUCAUGUAAACUGCAUACUAGUAUUUAUUUUGUUUUUUUGUUCUUCGCCGUGGUUGGCUAUCACCCUCUCCCCUCUGAUUGGCUGUUGUUUUUUCAGCUUUUGCAUGAAGCAUAAAUAUGGUGGUAAAGACACACCUGGCAAUAUGGCGGUAAACACACGCCUGCCCACACACGCUCUCUAGGCUGCAAAGUUCUGGCACAGAGCUCUCCUUCUCACCACCACCACCAUCAGUUCGCGCCUGGCGCCUGGUCGAUGCAUGGCUGGCGGUAUCCGGCAUAGCAGGCUGGUACAUCAAGUAGCGCAUGGCACAUAGAUGAUGACACAGCAACGACAUAGCUCGAUUGCGACGUACGUUUCGUCCCCGCUGGACUCAUCAGGCAAUC